AUUGGGUAUAAAGAAGGGCAGGUAGAGCCCUCCAUCACUACCCCCUCUCCACAGUCCAUUAACUUCUCCUUUGCAUGUUUUGUCUGCUGUUGGCAGUGUGUCCGGAGAAUGAACAGCUCCCUACACAUGUGAAGGUGGAGGACGACAAUCUACACAGCAAGGACCACUCUCAGCCGGUGAAUAAUGACAUGCAUAGACACCAUGCAGAUGGUGAAUAUCCAGGAACAAUGCUGUUUGUGCAUAGCAUUGUGUGAUACACCCAGAUAGGCUAAUCACGGAGGAACAUGCUAAUUUAUGAUGAAGAAUAGAGACUUAAAUUAUUCGAGGGGGGGAGGGGGCUCAGUAUCUCCCUAUCUCCCUAAAUCAACAGCCAUUUAUAAUUAAUACAAAGUGAUUUAUUUUUAUCAGUAUUUAUAUUACGGUAUAUAAAGAAUUGCUUAAGUUACAUUUAGAUUCCCCUCUGAAUUUACUCGCAUACUGUGUAGCCAGGGAAUUCACUCCUUUUUUUUUUUUUUUUUUUUUGUGUAAGAACUCUUUCUGAUAGUUUAUGUAAAAUCUCCUUUCCUCGAGUCUCAAUGGAUGACAUUGUGUACAGUCCUGUUAAAUUUCAGCUCAGCAGAGCUUACUUUGUCCUUGUGAUUUUGUAUAGUGUUACAUACCCUGGAAGGUUUGCUUUUUGUUUCUGUCACUAGAAAAUUUGUAGUUUGCUUCUAUAUGUUUCACCAGUUUCAUGGGUGACGCUUCUUAGAGUUAUUUACAUGGAACUCCUACUUCCUAGGAAGCAUGGCUUACAGCUAUACCGGUAUAAUCUUACCCACAUAAAGGAUUAGAGGCACACUGCACUGCCCCAAUACAAAAUAAAUAAAAAUUACUGUUUAGUAGAUCUACCCCAAAAUAAAACAUGCAUUUAUUCAUUCAGGUAUAACUAAAAACUGCUUGCAACAGUUGCAGGUCUGCCUGUGCAAGUCCUCCUCUUCUAAUCAGACUUUCUGUGUCUGUCCAAUCACAGACCCAAUGCAGCUCAAUAAGAGUUCUUUGCAAGGCAGGUGCUCUGGGUAAUUGUUGUCUCUUGAGUUUAUCUCCACUGAGCUAAACAAACCAGGAAGUAAUGGGACUGGUGUCUGAUUGACAGCCAGGGGGGUGUAACCAGUUUAAUUUAUAAAAGUGCCAAUUCCUACUCUAAUCUGCACUUUUUGCAAAAUGAAAUAAAGAGGACACACUCUUCACACAUAAAGCUUUUCAGCGAGAUAGAGUGCCCCAGGGGUCCGUGGUGUCCCUUUUAGUAAGACUGUAAUAGAUUGAAGCAGAGAUCCUGCCUCACAUGUUAUUUUCCAUCUCUGUACAGGCUUACCAGUGAUUGUCGACGUGAGGGGCAACAUUAAAGAUGAACCAAUGGAGGAAGAGUUUUAUUGGAACACGGACCGUUCAGAGACAGUUGGUGAGUGCGACAGAAACAUUUCCUCCAUGAGGAAUGAAUUUAUCUUCAUUUUCUUCUAAAUAUAAGUACCGGUAUAUAUUUAUAAAUAUAGAUCUUGCUUUGCUAAGUUUGUUUUUUGUGUGUGUUUGUGUGUAAUCUGGUUUUAUUAAAAUAAAUAAAAUCCUUUAUAAAUACUUCGAACAAUAUAAUAAACAUGAUAUUAAAUAUAAAGGUGAAACCCUAUAACAGCUUAAUCUUCCCAAAGAUGGGACGGAAGGGAGAUCACAUAAAGCUCUGUGAUGCUGGGAUUUUUGUCCUCUUGACAGGUUUUGCAGACAGUGAACGUCUUACGGAUGUGAAAAUGGAGGAUGAGAAGCCAAAUGCUGAGAAUAAUGAAAUCUGCACAGAUCCAGCCGAGGGUGAGUAACUAACAAAGCGAAAAUGGAGAGAGCAGGAGGGAACGAAGCGGAGCACUGCCUGUGUAGGAAUCUCAAAGCACGUAAGCAGAGUUCAUUUAGAGCAGUUACCACUGAAUGAGGUCCCUAGCUUCUCAUUGUUCCGCACCGAUUGGAGAUGUGGCUAUGGCAAAGAUUACACACUUCCUUCUAACCAUACCAAUUCAUACCAGCAACGAGUGCGGUGAUAGGCUGAAAGCAGUCACCUGGACACUCUCAGCCAAUCACAAUCACAACCAUUAGCCCAAACACCAUAGGAAUGGGCUGCUGGGGGCUCUCAUUUAGCAUUGACCAUUAAAAGCUAUUUAACACUGAAAGGAAGGCUGGGAGGUGAACCGGUUUGAGUGCCAACAACAUCGAGGCCGGCUCACUGUAUCCUUUAGGGAAGACCGUUACUGCCAUACUGAAGACAGCUAGAGAGCUCGGGACCUGCAGGAACGUGUAUUUUUGUUGAAUUUCUGGUCAGCUAUUCAGAGUGUGUAUCAGAAAUCAUAGUUUAAUUCUACUGAGUGCCUGAUUUCUCUCCCGCUGCUGUGAUAGUUUGUUUUAUCGAUCGCUUUUGCAGAGAGUGAACGUCUUUUUACGAAUGUGAAGAUGGAGGAUGAGGACCUUCCAAACCCAGUGAACAAUGAAAUCUGCACAGAUCCAGCCGAUGGUGAGUAUCCUCUUUUUAUUUCCAGUGAGUGGGAAACAAGGAAAAAAGUUAAAUAAAAAACUCACAUAUGGAAAAAGUAGGAAGGAAAGGGAUUGAGAAUUGCAUCCAUAUUCUAAUUGAACUGAGUUUAUUACUGUAGCGGCCACACCUAAAGAAGAGGGGAUUCCGCCGCCAGAGAUGUCCUUUCAACCUUGUAUGAGUAAUGCUGUAGUAUUCCCAAGCCGUAAUCCAAGCUGUAAUGAAGCAGGUAUAGCGGUUCCCUACAAGCAUGAGACGAGGCUCUGUGUUGAGGGUAAAGCUAAAUUAGUUUAAUGGCAGCCACAAUUGACCUUAUAUGCAACUCCUCAAUUAAGGGGUUUCCUGAUACAUAUUGUAGCGGAGCUGCGAUAUUAAAUCCCAAGAUCUCCGCUGGUAUAGAAGGUAAUCCAAACUAAAGCGCUGGAAAAGAAGGCAAUAUCCCAAAUCCCCCCCAGAGUCAACUGACAAUUUUAUUCACGACUCCAGGAGUCAACUGACAAUUUUAUUCACGGCUGUUAGCCUAUGCAUGCUCUCUAUUCUAAAACACACAAAUACAUUUUUACACCAGGUUAACACAGCUAUUUCAGACAACCUUUAAAUGUUUUGCAAUAUGACCUAAAGUGGCUCCCCCAGAACCAAGCCGGCAUACACAGUCUGAUCCCAACGGAUCGGCUUGGGGAUGUCCGGAGGAGUACUCGCAGAUCAUUUCUCAAGGUCAGUCUGUCUAGAUAACCUGUCUGCGAAUAGUGAAGUCAAAAGGCUGCAGCACCAAACUCCACCGCAGCAGCCUGGCAUUGUCCCCCGCCACACGGUUCAGCUACACCAACGGGUUGUGAUCUGUGAGUAAGGAGAAUGGUUGUCCAUAUAAAUAAGGUUGUAACUUUUUGAGGGCCCACACCACGGCCAGGCAUUCUUUCUCAAUGGUGGCGUAGCUCACUUCACGGGGUAAUAACCUUCGGCUUAAGUAAGCUACGGGAUGUUCUCCGCCAUCUGCUCCAACUUGGCUCAGCACUGCUCCCAGUCCAAACAUUGAAGCGUCUGUGUGGACAAGAAAUCGUUUAGUUGGAUCAGGAGCAGCAAGUACAGGUGCAUUGGUUAAAGCAGUCUUGAGUUGUUGGAACGCCUUAUCACACUCUGGGGCCCAGAUGACCUGUCGAGGAAGGUUUUUGUGGGUCAAGUCAGCCAGGGGUUUGGCCAGGGCACUAUAAUUGGGUACGAAUUUUCGGUAGUACCUUGCAGUACCCAGGAAGGCUAGCACUUGGGUUUUUGUCCGGGGGAUAGGCCACUUAGCUACUGCUUCAAUUUUUGCUGGUUCAGGCUUUUGCUGUCCACAACCUUCCCGGUGCCCCUGGUACUGUACCUCUGCCAUUUCUAUGUGACACUUGCUGGGCUUUAGCAUCAACCCUGCCUCUCCGAUACGGUCAAUGGCUGCUCCAAUAUGUCGCAGGUGGUCUGACCAGGUCUGGCUAUAGAUGGUGAUUAUAAUCCAGGUAUGCACAUGCAUACUUCUGAAACCCAUCCAGUAGCCGAUCCACCAUCCGUUGAAAGGUAGUCGGAGCGUUUUUCAUCCCGAAUGGCAUGACGCGAAACUGAUACAAGCCAAACGGGGUGACAAACGCCGACUUGGGGAUGGCAUCCUCGGCUAGUGGAAUCUGCCAGUACCCAUUGCAUAAAUCUAUUGUAGUAAGGUACUGGCCUCGUGACAUUUUGUCUAGCAGCUCGUCUAACCGGGGCAUCGGGUAGGCAUCAGACACUGUUUUGUCAUUUAGCCUCCGGUAGUCUACACAAGAGUGCCGUCCUUCUUGGGUACCAGCACAUAUUCACGUGGAGCAUGUGUCUCUUCCCUGUUCCUGAGCAGGGGCCAAUCACAUAGGUGGUGUCACAUCUCUGUUCCACCACCUGGUAUAGGCCUUGCCAGAUGGCCUGCAGCUUGUCAUUGCGAACAGGUUUUAAAAUCAAAACUUUCUGUCCCACGUGAAAUCUGCGGUCUCUGGCUCCCCUAUCAUACCAGCGGCGCUGGCGUUGUUGGGCCGCCUGGAGGUUGGUCAGUACGGUCUGGGUUAGUGCCUCCAAGUGGUCCCUGAGCUCCUUGCACCCUUCUCCCAAACAGUAGUUCAAAAGGAGAAAAGCCUGUGGACUCUUGAGGUACCUCUCUGUAAGCGAAUAGCAGAUGGGGUAGGAAUCGCUCCCAGUCCUUAUAGGCCUCUCCACAGGUACGGAGCAUCUGCUUUAACGUCCCAUUAAACCUUUCACAUAGCCCAUUAGACUGCGGGUGGUACGCAGAGUUCACGAUAGGUUUAAUGCCACAUAUUCUCCAUAGUUGGGUCACCUCGGCCGUGAACUGCAUACCACUAUCCGAUAUGAUCUCCUGGGGGAACCCCACUCGGGAGAAUACUUUCAUUAAGGCCCCGGCCACUGUCUCGGCGUGGAUAUUAGAGAGGGCUACUGCUUCGGGGUACCGGGUGGCGUAGUCUACUAUGGUCAAGAUAUAUCUCUUGCCGCAGGGACUGGGUUUUGGUAAGGGCCCUACUAUAUCUACGGCCACUCUACUAAAUGGUUCGUCUAUGGUGGGCAUAACUUGACCUUGGGCCGGUCACCCCUCUUGCCUACUCGUUGACAGAUGUCACAUGUCUGGCAGUACUGCCGCAUGUCCUUGAAUGUAACCGGACAGAAAAAGGCGUGGGUCAAGCGGUAUCGGGUGCGAGUCAUCCCCAGAUGCCCAGACAAGGGGAUGUCGUGAGCGAUCCGAAGAAGUUCCUGUCUAUAUUUCUGGGGGACCACUAGCUGUCUAGUAGUCACAUUCACAGAUCCCCCCCCACUACCCUUUCAGAAAUGUGGUACAGUAACCCCUUUUCCCAGGUAUACUGUUCUCCCUCUAAUCCGGCCUGGUCGGAGAUCACCCUAUCCCUGUAUACUUUUAACGUAGGGUCUAUCUGAACCUCAGCCUCAAAUUCAGUCGGGGUAUCCCAGGUAACACGGGUCGUAGGAGGGUCCCUGUCUUUUUUACCUGAGCCUCAGUGUGGCAAACCUAGCCACUUGGACAAUAACUAGAGACUGUGCCUUUAAGGGUUGCCUACAGGUCUGGAGACAUAUGUGUUUUAUUCUUAUGUACGUGCUUGAUGUAUUUCUGUGGAGACUGUAAUUACCUGUGUCGCCGAAUGCCAAUGGCGGUUUGUAUGGGGAUUCUCGUUCGUUGCACGAACGGCCCUCCAAAGUGCCGUUCGUGAAACGAACGCGAUACCCCCUAAUAGCCCACACACUUAGAGGCGUAUGGCGCUAGUUAACCGAUUGCAACAAUGUUGCAAUCGGUAAUUAGAGGCUCUCCUGGGUGGCCGUCGUUCGACUACCGACCAUGCGGCGGUCGGCCAUCUUGGAUCCUUUGUUCCUCAGCGGGUCCGUGUUGUCGAACGCAUAGCAUUACCAAUAGCUAUUCGACGGCACGAACACCGCUGAGCCUCCAGGACGUUCGGGAGUUUCAGAACCAGGUUCACUAAAAGUAAUCGGUUCUUUUCGUGUGUUUUGAAAGAAAUGUGUUUUCUGUGCGGCGUUCGGUUAUUUUAGCUGGGAUCUGAGCGGCAAUCUCACGAAUGAUGCGCCCAGACCCCAGCUAUCUACCGAACGUCCAUUCGUGUAAAUCUACCGUGUAUUUUAAGAGUUAUAGAUUUUUGUAUGAAUUGCCGGUUCUGCUGCACGAGGGGAUAAUCCCCUUAACGGUGCAUUCUGGGAGGAGGAUCCCUCUCGUGCAGCGGUGCCUGAUGGGAGAAAUAUGUUAUACUGUAAGUCCCCCAUGUAGUCCCCUCUGGGAGUGCCCCUGGGAAGGGACUCAGGAAACCCCUUGCAUGGGGACUUGUAUAAAUUGUCUUGCCGAUUAAAAGGUUGUCAGUUGACUCCCAAAACUGUGUCUCGUCCGGUUAUUGGGAGGUUGGGGAUAUUGCCUUGGUGUUUUCAGCGCUUGACUGUGGAUUCGUUUCUGGACCAGCGGAAUUCGUGGAUUUAAUAUUGGCAUUCCGCUACACUCAGAGUGCGCUGCUGGAGCCGUGGUGCGAGCCUGUUGCCUGGUGGUUACUGGGUGAGCCUCUUGGAGUGGAGCUUGAGGAAUAAUGGCGGAAGUCAUUCGACCCAGGUCGUUUCCCAAUACGACAUCCGCUGGCAGUUUCUACAUCAGGCCCACCUCUACCAUGCCCUCCCCAACACCCCAAUUCAAAUGUACUUUUGCAGUGGGUAAUCUGUAUACCGCUCCCCCUGCUACUUGCACUGCUACAGAUCUGCCGGUGUGUGCGGAGCCUGGAUCCAAAUGAGGGGCUACCAGAGUCAGAGUGGCUCCCGUAGCCCUUGGACCUCUUUCCCUUCCAGGGUUACUUGCUGGCGAUGGUGUUGCCUGUUGUCUGUGGCUUGUACCGACAUCACAUCGUGUAGUAUCCCCAGGGGCUCUAUAGUCUGAUUAAAGAGUAUCUCCUGGGUUGCUGGCUCCGCCUGGUAGUGGUGGGCUUCUGCUCUUGGUGCUGGAUUCUGCCGUACCUGGAUCCAUGCUUGGCGGCUCCGGUUCUGGGUACACUCUCUCGUCAUGUGGCCACAUUGUUUGCACGUAUGGCACUGUAUAUUCGCUCUGCCAUUAUACCUGGAUGGUGGAGUGUGCCCCCCCCCGGGGUUGGCCGGAAUGGGUUUGCUGUAGGUGCAGUUGGGGUAGCUGUAUGAGGUUGAGCGGUGGGUCGAGGGUACCCUCGGUUGAGGUUACUGUGAUGCCUCCUGGCGUCAUAGUGCUGGUCUGCUAGUCUUGCAGCUUCUGUUAGGGUGAGGGGUUUUCUAUCUCUCACCCAUUCCUGUGCCUCUGGGGACAGGCCAUUGAAAAACUGUUCUAACAGCAGCAAUUGCCGGAACUCCUCCAUGGUGGUUGCUUGACUGGCUUGUAUCCACCCCUGGGAGGCUUGGUCCAGUUUGUGGGCCCACUCUGCAUGGGAAUCUUUCUCUGGUUUACGCAACCCUCGAAACUUGCGCCGGUAUGCCUCUGGGGUAAUGGCGUAUCUUUCCAGUAUAGCCUGUUUUACCCGGGCAUAAUCUUUACUGUCCUCCCUGGGUACAGCCCGAUAGGCUUCGGCUGCCCGACCUGAAAGUUUGCCUGCCAGUAAAGGUACCCACACUGCCUGCUCCAAAUCAUGCAAGUCACAUAGCCUCUCAAAGUCUUGUAGAUACCCAUCAAUCUCGUCUUUCUCUUCACUGAACAUUUUAAACGCAUGGUAUGGUGUAGCGGAUAGCACCAGGCGACCCUACAAAUAUACUGUAUAUACCUGCAUUCGUGUAUCUGCUGUGUUUUUCUAUGUAUUAAAGAGAAUUGUAUUCCUCUGAUUGUUCGGUAGUUUCAUUCCCUUAGUUUAUUCGAAUGAAACUACCGAACAACCAGACCUCCCCUGUGUGAAGUGUGUCCUCAAUUACCUGUUGCAACAUUGUUGCGAACGGGUAAUUGAACAGUAAGUAGCCGUCCUUUGUUCUCGGGGGUGGCCGCCAUUCGACAAACGAACACGUGGCGGCGGCCAUUUUAAAACUCCCGAACAGCGGUGUUUUGCCGUCGAGUGUCUGGAACUAAAAUCGGACACUCGAGUAGGCGAACACCGCUGAGACCUCCACAGCCCUGGUCCGUUCGGUUCCAAACUACCGAACGGCCCCUCGUUCGGUAGAUAGAAAAUACCGAACGAGGGGAUUCAGGCGAACCCUCCCUAGCCUCUAUAGCUAGAGGUUUUCGUGUAUUUUAUUCCCUUAUGCCAGGACCGACCGCAGGGCCCAUUCACAUGGAACCGGAUUCGGCUAUCUCAGUUCGUGCGGUCGGUCAUUUUAUUCCCUCCAUACUUUUCCCGAACCCCUGGUCUGAUCUGGGUGAUUUUUGGAUAUGUUGGUCACCCAGAUCAGGGGUAUCCGGGGAUGUAGGAUUUAAAGAGGUACCCCUACGUUUAGGGGUACAUCCAGAAACGGGGGGAAUUGGUGUGCUGGAUAAGGGGAUUAUGAUGCUGGCUGAGGGGAGGAGAUGUGUGGGAGGUUACCAGGACAGGAUUGGCUACUGUAAUAAUUACUGUAAAUCCCUCCCUUGCAUGGGAGCAUGCUUUAUAAGGAGACUGUGAUUAAAGGCUUUCAGUUAUGCUCCUGAAACUGUGUGUCGUCCAGUUAUUGGGAUUGCUGUUGGGAUAUUGCUGUAUUUUACCUGCUGGAAGCCUUGCCUGUGGAUUUACUAUUUACUUGUUCCUGAGUCCCACUUGGAUUAUAAGCGGAGAUAACCUGGGUAAUAUUGCAUCUCCGCUACAUUGGUUGGCAGCGGUGGGAUCCAGACUCACAGAGGAACAAGCCUAAAUGGAGUACGGAUGGAGAUUGAUUUUGCAACACUAAAACGCUCCACGCUAAAAGACCUUCUGGAGGCAAGGGGUAUACAAGCCAGCAAUAAGACAAAAGCGGUACUCAUUACUGAACUGAUGGCGGAGUACCGAAUGGACAGCGAUUUGGUUCCCGAACAGGGGAAUUCGGGAGAAACACCGGAACAAAGGGAGUUCCAGAGGCAGGUACAAUUUCGGCUGUCUUUCUAUGGGGAACACCCUCCAACAGAGAUUGUUUGUUUCAAAAACGAUGACGGAGGUCCAGGAAUUUAUACUGAGGAGUCAAACAGCGGCCCCAGAACGCAGCUCUGCAGUAAAUAUGCCACAAGAAGGUAAGCCUAAAAUACCAUACCAGGCUUUUAAAACAUAUGUGGAGGCAGAGGAAGAUAUAGACGCUUUCCUGCAAGAUUUUGAGAGACUGUGUGCACUGCAUAGAAUCAGCGCAGAGGACUGGGUACCUAUUUUGGCAGGGAGGUUAACUGGGAGGGCAGCUGAGGCAUACCGUACUGUACCUAAUGAAGAAAUACGGAAUUACAACAAAGUGAAAGAAAUUAUAUUGGCCAGGUAUGCUAUAACACCAGAAGCAUACCGGCGGAGAUUCAGGGAUUUAAAGAAGGUGGAGAAAGACUCACACGCAGAGUGGGCAUGCAGACUACAACGAGCAGUCUUGGGGUGGGUGCAAGUGAGCAAGGCACGGUCUAUGGAAGAUGUAUUGCAAAUGGUACUGCUGGAGCAAUUUUAUGAAGGAGUAACCAGCGAGGUACAGGAGUGGGUAAGAGACAGAAACCCUACCUCCCUUACCGAAGCAGCCAGGAAGGCAGACGAGUACCUGGAUGCACGCAGGCAGCAAAAACCUGCAGCUCCAAAAGUACCUUUUAAAACCUUUGGGGGGAACAACUACACGCCAGCUCUACCAAGACCACUGCCACCACCCCCACCGCCCGCUGCACAGCCACGUUUCCGCCAGCCCACGUCGGGCCCUUGCCACCACUGCCAGAAAUGGGGACAUUAUAAAAGGGAAUGCCCCCAGCUGCGGGACCGUUCCACCUGGAUUCGCCCCGGCCCACCACCACCACCGAGAGCAGCCGCAGCCCACCACUACCAGGACAUCGUGGCCACACCGUAUGGUUCAGCAGUUCCCAUCACAACGGUAGAACAGUGGGAGGUACUGCACGAGGCAGAUCCCGUCCAGGCUAAUGCUGACAACCGCCAGCAUCACAGGCAGACCGUGUAUCUGGAGGGUAAAGCGGUUCAGGGGCUACGUGACUCAGGAGCCACCAUCACCCUGGUAAAAAGUCACCUGGUCUCAGACCAAGCUAAACUAAGUAAGACUGUGGCCGUCAGGGUAGCCGGGGGAGCAGUAUACCGGCUACCUACAGCAAGGGUACAUUUGCAUUGGGGAGCGGGGGCAGGGCAUGUGGAGGUGGGGUUGAUGCCGCAGUUACCGGCGGAGGUUUUAUUGGGGAACGAUCUGGGGAGGCUCACAUCUGCUUUUGAGCCCCAGACACCCACCACAGGAGAAGCUCACCCUGUGGUUACUCGACAACAGGCCCGCACCCAGGACUACAACACACUCCCGGAGGUUCAGGUAAGAGAUCCUUCCCCUUCCCUUGACUGUGUUCCCUGGGCCCCUCCUAACGAAUUUGCAGCUGAGGUAGUGACUGACCCCACCUUGCAGGUGUAUAGGGACAAGGUGACAGCAGACACGCCUGGGGGGGAGGGCGAAAGGUUUAUUUGGGACAAACAGCUGUUAUAUCGGGAGACGGAUAAGAAGGUAUCCGGGUCAGACCCGAUUGUGAUGAGGCAGUUAGUGGUACCUCAGCGGUACCGGGCGGAGUUACUACGGAUAGCACAUGACAUUCCGCUAUCUGGACAUUUAGGGGUCAGCAGGACCCGAUACAGGUUAACCCAAAGUUUCUUUUGGCCGGGAAUUAGCCAGGAGGUGCGCAGGUAUUGCAACACGUGCGAUACCUGUCAAAGGGUGGGGAAAAGGGGGGACCGGCGCAAGGCCAAGUUACAUCCCCUUCCCAUAAUCGAGGAACCCUUUAGCAGGGUAGCAGUUGACCUAAUAGGACCCCUCAACAAAGCGAGCCCGUCAGGUAAAAGAUUUAUCCUGACAGUAGUAGACUAUGCCACUAGAUAUCCAGAGGCGGUGGCCCUGACGAAUAUACAGGCUGAGACAGUAGCAGAAGCCCUGAUGAAGAUAUUCUCCCGGGUGGGACUCCCCAGGGAGAUUGUCUCCGAUCAGGGCACCCAAUUCACCGCCGAAGUCACGCAGCGCCUCUGGAAGUUUUGUGACAUUAAGCCGGUCAUUAGUUCCCCUUACCACCCCCAGACGAAUGGGCUCUGCGAACGUUUCAACGGUACAUUGAAACAAAUGCUCCGAACCUUCGCAGAGACCCACAAGGACUGGGAGAAGUUCCUGCCCCACCUCCUCUUUGCUUAUAGGGAGGUGCCGCAGGAAUCCACUGGGUUUUCCCCAUUUGAACUAUUGUUUGGCUGCAGGGUACGAGGGCCUUUAGAUUUGAUCAGAGAGCAUUGGGAGGGAGAACGGAGCACUGACGGUACCCCCAUCAUACCAUAUGUGUUGGCAUUCCGAGACCGCCUUGAGGCCUUAACUCAGACGGUACGCGAGAAUUUGCAGGCGGCUCAGACACGCCAGCGCACAUGGUAUGAUCGGGGCGCCAGGGACCGUAGCUUUCAGGUCGGGCAGAAGGUGUUGAUCUUAAAACCUGUCCGACACGAUAAGCUGCAGGCCGCCUGGCAGGGCCCUUAUAAGGUGGUAGAACAACGGUGUGACACCACUUAUAUAAUCGGCUCGUGCGUUGGUACUGGGGGGCGACGCAUGCUCCAUGUAAACAUGAUGAAGCCCUACCAGGAGCGCUCUGAGGAAGUGACCGCUAUAUGUGCGCCUAACUCCGAGGAGUUUGACAGUUUGCCUCUCCCGGAUCUGCUGGGAGAGGGUCAGUUAUCCGGGGACUUAGGGGAAGUCACCCUGGGGGAUCGGUUGAGCCCACAGGAGCGGAGCGAGGUACAACAGCUGUUGAGGGAGAAGCAGGAUAUCUUCUCUAAUGUACCUGGUUACACUCCUCUGGCCACUCACAGAGUAGACACCCCAGGGCAACUUCCCAUGCGUCAGACCCCGUACCGCAUCCCAGAAGCGGUACGGGCGAACAUGCGCAAGGAGAUCGAUGAGAUGCUCCAGCUGGGGGUGAUUGAGCCCUCCGACAGCCCCUGGGCAUCUCCGGUAGUACUAGUACCAAAGCGGGACGGCACGACCCGGUUUUGUGUAGACUACCGGAGAUUGAAUGAGAAGACGGUAUCUGACGCCUACCCCAUGCCCAGGAUAGACGAACUCCUGGAUCGGAUGGCGAGGGGGCACUAUCUCACCACGAUUGACUUGUGUAAAGGGUAUUGGCAAAUACCCUUGGCGCAAGACGCCAUCCCUAAGUCGGCCUUUGUCACCCCAUUCGGCUUGUACCAAUUUAAGGUCAUGCCGUUUGGGAUGAAAAACGCCCCGGCUACUUUUCAGCGGAUGGUGGACCGCCUCCUGGAUGGGUUCCAAGAUUAUACCUGCGCAUACCUCGAUGAUAUUGCCAUUUUCAGCAAUACCUGGCAGGAACACCUGACCAAAUACCCUGGUGUUCCUGCCAGGUAUUGCUGAAAAUGGCAAUAUCAUCGAGGUAUGCGCAGGUAUAAUCUUGGAACCCAUCCAGGGUAUAUAGGAGCGGUCCUAGACAGGAUUAGGGCCGCUGGUUUAACACUGAAACCAGCCAAAUGCAGCAUAGGCAUGGCUGAAGUACAAUACCUAGGUCAUCGAGUAGGAUGCGGCAAGCAAAAGCCAGAACCAGCCAAAGUAGAGGCUGUAGCUCAAUGGCCUACCCCUAGGACUAAGACUCAGGUAUUAGCGUUCCUAGGAACGGCCGGAUACUACCGGAAAUUUGUCCCGAAUUACAGUGCCCUGGCCAAACCUCUCACCUACUUGACCCGUAGAAACCUACCCCGCCAAGUAACCUGGACCCCGGAGUGUGAACAGGCAUUUCAGUUGUUGAAAGAUGCAUUGACAAAUGCCCCUGUCUUGGCAGCUCCCAAUCCAACUAAACGUUUUCUUGUCCACACAGACGCUUCUAUGUUUGGAUUGGGAGCAGUAUUGAGCCAAGUCGGGGCCGAUGGCGGAGAACAUCCCGUGGCUUACAUCAGCCGGAAACUGUUACCUCGAGAAGUAAGCUACGCCGCCAUCGAGAAAGAAUGCCUGGCUGUGGUGUGGGCCCUGAAGAAAUUACAGCCAUAUUUGUACGGACAAGCUUUUUCCCUGCUCACGGAUCACAACCCGUUAGUAUGGCUAAACCGGGUGGCUGGGGACAAUGCCCGGCUGCUGCGCUGGAGUCUGGCGCUGCAGCCCUUUGACUUUAAUAUCCAGUACCGCCCGGGUAAACAGAAUGGAAAUGCUGAUGGGUUGUCUCGACAAACUGACCUAGAGAAAUGAUCCGUGAGCCUCCCCGGACAUCCCCAAGCCGAUCCGUGUUGGAUCAGACUGUGUAUGCCGGCUUGUGGGCAAGGGGGAGCAGUGUAGCGGAUAGCACCAGGCGACCCUACAAAUAUACUGUAUAUACCUGCAUUCGUGUAUCUGCUGUGUUUUUCUAUGUAUUAAAGAGAAUUGUAUUCCUCUGAUUGUUCGGUAGUUUCAUUCCCUUAGUUUAUUCGAAUGAAACUACCGAACAACCAGACCUCCCCUGUGUGAAGUGUGUCCUCAAUUACCUGUUGCAACAUUGUUGCGAACGGGUAAUUGAACAGUAAGUAGCCGUCCUUUGUUCUCGGGGGUGGCCGCCAUUCGACAAACGAACACGUGGCGGCGGCCAUUUUAAAACUCCCGAACAGCGGUGUUUUGCCGUCGAGUGUCUGGAACUAAAAUCGGACACUCGAGUAGGCGAACACCGCUGAGACCUCCACAGCCCUGGUCCGUUCGGUUCCAAACUACCGAACGGCCCCUCGUUCGGUAGAUAGAAAAUACCGAACGAGGGGAUUCAGGCGAACCCUCCCUAGCCUCUAUAGCUAGAGGUUUUCGUGUAUUUUAUUCCCUUAUGCCAGGACCGACCGCAGGGCCCAUUCACAUGGAACCGAAUUCGGCUAUCUCAGUUCGUGCGGUCGGUCAUUUUAUUCCCUCCAUACUUUUCCCGAACCCCUGGUCUGAUCUGGGUGAUUUUUGGAUAUGUUGUUCACCCAGAUCAGGGGUAUCCAGGGGAUGUAGGAUUUAAAGAGGUACCCCUACGUUUAGGGGUACAUCCAGAAACGGGGGGAAUUGGUGUGCUGGAUAAGGGGAUUAUGAUGCUGGCUGAGGGGAGGAGAUGUGUGGGAGGUUACCAGGACAGGAUUGGCUACUGUAAUAAUUACUGUAAAUCCCUCCCUUGCAUGGGAGCAUGCUUUAUAAGGAGACUGUGAUUAAAGGCUUUCAGUUAUGCUCCUGAAACUGUGUGUCGUCCAGUUAUUGGGAUUGCUGUUGGGAUAUUGCUGUAUUUUACCUGCUGGAAGCCUUGCCUGUGGAUUUACUAUUUACUUGUUCCUGAGUCCCACUUGGAUUAUAAGCGGAGAUAACCCGGGUAAUAUUGCAUCUCCGCUACAUAUGGGAUCUUAGGCUUUACCUGGCUGACGACUGAAGCAGUAAUAGACUCUUCUCUGGGAGGAGCAUCCUGCGUUCCGUGUGCCAUCACAUACUCCUGUACAUCCGCCAUCAGUACUGUCAGUAUUUCUAGGGGUACUGGCUGUGGUAAAAAUUCCAUCCUGGUCUUCAUUUCCUUUUGGAAGGGGGUUUCUUCCAUGGCUGGUGGGGGUGUAACGCUGUGAGCUCUGUCUCCCUCCAUCAAUUCAGCAAUCAGGACAGCUUUAGGCUUAUUGCUGGCUAUCUUACCCCUGGCUUCCAAUAGUUCCUUUAACGUCUGCCGUUUCAAUGCAGUGUAGUCUGUCUCCAUUCACCUCUGUGUUCGGUUCUUUGCUGCAUCCGAAUUGCCAUUCACUUUCCUGUUCGGUAGUUUCAAUUACGCGAACACCGCUUUUCGGCUGUAAGGUUGGAUCCCGUCACUUGCCACCAAUUGUAGCGGAGCUGCAAUAUUAAAUCCCAAGAUCUCCACUGGUAUAGAAGGUAAUCCAAAGUAAAGCGCUGGAAAAGAAGGCAAUAUCCCAAAUCCCCCCCAGAGUCAACUGACAAUUUUAUUCACGGCUCCAGGAGUCAACUGACCAUUUUAUUCACGGCUGUUAGCCUAUGCAUGCUCUCUAUUCUAAAACACACGAAUAAAUUUUUACACCAGGUUAACACAGCUAUUUCAGACAACCUUUAAAUGUUCUGCAAUAUGACCUAAAGUGGCUAGGUUUGCCACACAUAUUCCAGGGGCAUUCCCCACUGGACCUUAGAGUAGACUACAGUAAAGUACACAACUUAAUUUUCUGGUCCAGGACAUACAUAACAAAAACACCCAAAAACAUACUGUUAACAAUUGGGUACCCCAUCAAGUCCUAUAUAGCCUGGAUCUGAGCGCCCAAUAUAUCCGAAAAUGGCUCAGAUAUCACAAAUGUAGCCGAAAUGCCACUGGUGUAUAGUUUAGACUGACCGCACACGAGGCGCCUGCCCAAAAGAGUUCAAUGAAUUCAGACUGAGCGGCCGGUCUCUUUCGGGAGUAUGAAAUAUAACAAAAUGAUGAAGAUAACCAUUAGUAAAUAAGUGGGUGGUGUGUCCCUCGUUCGGCAGUUUGCUCCCACCAAACGCCGCUACUCUCAGACGAAUAGAAAUGAACAAAUGUUGAAGUGGAAGUUCCAGCAGUGUUAGCGCCUUCAAGUGUCCGAUUCACUCCAUACACUCGAUGACCAAAUACCGCUGGAUGUGUUUGCAAAACAAGAUGGCUGCCGCCCUGUGUUCGUCCAUACGAAUGGCGGCCACCCAGCUUUUCCGAAGAUGUUAGUGAGGUCAAGUAGGUUAAUGAGCAGGACACGACUGUUCUGGGUGGUCUAUCUGUUUGGUACUUUGUUCGGUAUACGAACCAAAUGGGGCAAUCUGUUCGGUGAAGUUCGUAUACAGAGCCAGUCAAUGCAAAGUAAUAAUUCAGGAACAGGGGGAUCUGUUACAGUUACGAAGUGAGAAUUGUCAUGAAUUUAAUGUGAAAUUACCUGAACCUGUACCGCGGGAUCCUCCAUAGACACAGCCAAUCCCUGAAGAAGUCGCUGAUGAUUUUCGGGGGGGUGGGGGAGAGUGGUCCCUAAAUCCCUUUAUGUGAGGGGUUUAGGGACCAGAGGAGGUGGUUUUAUUGUGGAAUAUAUCAGCCAACUAUUCAAAGUGUGCAAUAGCAGUAGUAUCAAAGUAUAAACACUUCUCAAUGAUUUUCACUCCCGCUUUGAAGGUGGUUUGUGUCUUAAUAUUUCCAGAUAAGGAAGCACUUGUUACGGAUGUGAAGAUGGAGGAUGAGAAGCCAAAUGUUGAGGACCUUCCAAACCCAGUGAACAAUGAAAUCUGCACAGAUCAAGCCAACGGUGAGUAUUCUAGAACUCCUUCUAUAUCACAGAAUGAUAUCAAAGAAGUGGGAAUUCAUGCUUUGUGUUCUGACAAGGUGAACACACUAUUAUUAAGAAACUAUUCUGUUCUGAAGCUCUCAGCUUGGAUCAUGGGUUUAUCAUCAGUUGCAGUUGCCAGGCUGGCGAUGAGAUCCUGGCUGAAAUCCUGGACUGCGGUUACAGCUUUUUAAGCAUCUUUAUGCCAGCUUCCAUUUGAAGGCACAAACUGUUUGGUUCUUCUCUGGUACAUGAAACAGCAGAAAGAUCAUACUGAUAAAAUGAUCGGUCUUGCAGUUUCAGCAGACAGCAACAGGAUGUCAGGCCCGGUGAGAAGCAAUCCCAUAAUAUUACAAACUAAAGGAGAAAAUUAUGACACUAGACAGAGAGUGGGAGGAAGACUACCAGCAUUCAUUCAGCAAUGGGAGCGGAUCGCUCAAACCCUUGGGUGUUGAAAACCAUCAGAAAUGGGUACACAAUAAGAUUUCUGGAGGUUCCUCCUGCUCAGUUUCUUUGUUCAAUAAAUUCUGCUCAAGUAAAGACAGAUGUCCUACUACCUGAAUCUCUGGUCCCUCCCCAAACAGGAGUAAUAGAAAAAGUUCCAAAGAAAGAAUGUUUUUUAAGGGAUCUAUUCAAGACUUAGCAUUGAAACGAGAGAAUUCCUUCUGUUCCAUUCUGGAUAUAAAGAAUGUGAACAUAAGCAUCUAAUAUCAAAGAUUCUGAAUGGAGACGAUUUUAUCAGUUACCCACAUGCUACGCAGAGGAGAUUAUAUGGUCACUUUAGAUUUUAAGGACGCCUAUCUUCACUUUCCUUUGGCAUUGAGCUGAGAUUUACAAUCAAGUCAGGAAGAAGGAUUUUGCACUUUCAAUUAAGAGCCCUCCCAUUUGGCCUCUUCAGAGCUCCAAGAAUCUUUACCAAACUUCUUUCUUUGGCAGUCGAGCUCUGAGAAAAGGGUAUUGUAGUUGUCCCUUAUUUAUGCGAUUUGGCUUCUAAAAGCCAACUCAGGUCUGCAACUGCCAAGAAACAAAGUUAUACUUUAAGCCGGUCAGGAACAGGGAUAGCUGGUAAACUGGGAAAAGUCACAUUUUAUUCCUGCAAUAAGAAUUAUAUUUUUAGGUCUAGAAGUAAACUCCAGGUCUCUUUCUUACCUUCUGACAUGGAAGCUUGAGGGGGAAGUUUAGAAAGAGGUGACUGCUCUGCGAAUAGGUUCAUCCGGCUUCAUUACACAGGUAAUGAGCACAUUUGGAAUUUUUACUUAUCGUAUUCCUGCAGUAAAGUCGACAAAAUGCGAAUGAGACACAUUCAAUUGGAAAUUCUUCAAACUUGGUCCAGGGAGCAGGAGGAUUUGCACUCAAGAAUUCUCCAUCUCCACCAAAGUUUGAAACUACUUACAAUAGUAAAUUCAUUAGGAUUUCCGGUGUCUAGGCCUCUCCUUCCACCAAUAAGACUGACUGACUUACAAUUACCACAGAUGCCUCAAUAACUGAUUGGGGUGGUCCCCUAAAUUCUUUAUUCCACCAAGGCAGAUGGUCUUUAGAGGAGGCAAAACAUUCAUCCAACUUCAGGGAACUGAAAACAGUUCUGAGGACUCUACAUGCUUUCGGUUCUCCCAUACCUUCUCUUCCUGGCUUUGUGCACCGAUUAUGGCAUGGCUAGUAAAGAACAUUUCUGCCAUUCACAUCGGUGGAGUAGAUAACAUUAUAGCAGAUGACCUAAGCAGGGCACAGUGUACCCGAAAAUGUUUGCAAGAAUCACAAAGAAAAUUGGCCAGCCAGAAAUAAAUCUCAUGGCAACCAGACUAAACAGGAAAGUACCUACUUUUGGAUCUCUAUACUAAACAGAGCAGCUGGCGUUUUUCGACAGCCUCACAUAUAUUUUCCCUCCAGUCUCCAUGUUUCCACGUAUUCUUCAGAAAAUAAGAUCAGAUAAAGCAGCUACGAUGACCAUCAUUCCCUGCUGGCCAAAUCAGAGUUUAUUUUUGGAACUGAAACAAAUGGCCUUGUCAAGUUGGGAACUUCCUCUCAGUGGAAAUACUCCAGAUGUUUUAAUUGUUUAAUUUCCUGAGGUUAAUUCUCAGUCAUUUAAAUCUGCCAGAAGAAUUGGUGAACUUCAGGCACUGUCCUGCUCAUCAGAUUUUACUAUUUUCCAUGAUGAUAUAAAGUUGUGCUUCCUCACAAACUCUCCUUUAUACCCAAGGUGCUUUCCAAGACCCACAUCAACCAAACCAUCAUUCGUCCCACUUUGUGCCAGACAACCUCUUCUCCUAAAUAAGCUAAGUUACACUUGUUAUAUAUGAAGAGACCUGGAAAUUUAAAUCAACUGUUCCUCAUCUUGCAGGGUCUCUGGAAACCUUUUCAUAAAUUGUUAAGGCGUGCUUAAGGGUAAAGAAUCCUCCAAGACAACUAUUGCCAGUUGGUUCUACAGAGACCAUCAAAAUGAUGUGAAUGGUCAAUCUCUUAAAGGCUUAUUCCACGAGAGUUGUGGCCACCUCUUGGGCAGUGAAAGCAUUGGCCGCUCCUGAGGAUAUCUGUAAGGUGGCUACACGGUCAUCAAUCAUCUGCUAUCUCCUGACUAUCCACCCAUUAAAGGAAUCUUGCUAUACACCCCUGUACUGCGACUACUACUUGCUGUAAAUUCUUUGUUCUUAGUUUAGCGGCAGUACAGAUUUCCUUCCCCGUGUAAUAAAGUUUUUUGAUGUUUUCGCAUUAUUUGGUCUCCUGGUUCUUUAUGCAUGUUAUAGAUAAUGUUUAAUAAAAUGAACAAUAAUAAAGUUUCCUCCUCUUUUAAAGUGUUCUUCGUGAGUCUUUUUACAUACGGUGUGUGCACACAUAGUCAGCCCUGAGGGUUUAUAAAUCCCUUCCACUAUAAGCCACUCUCAGAUCGUAGCUUGCGGAGUUGCUAUAGGGGUUAAUUGAAGGUCAUUUCUGUCUUACUUUCUUACAUUUGAAUUGAAAUCAGCAUUUUUAUAAAAGGUAUUUGAUUGCACGCUGGAAGCAGAAGGCUGUGCUUCUUAUAGUGAAGCAUUCCAUGUGCCGUAGGUCCAGAGCGUGUGACCUCGUCAAGCAUUGAAGAAAAGGAGAAAAUGUAUUGAUUGGUUUUAUUGUAUUAGUGAAAGAGGGCCCUAAAUAUUAAAAAUAAAUCAAUGUAUUUUUACCGUUGGUGUGUUCCUUUACGGGAUCAAAUCAAACCUUGAGUUGACGACCAGUGACUUUCCUAGGUUUUUGCAAACCUGCUGCUUACUGCUCUUUUUUAAUGGGUCUGUCCCCAACUCGAGCUGCUGUAUGCAAUGCCAGACACCUUACCUGCUGUCUUACCGCCCCUUUAAUACCGCCUAACCUGCAGCACUGCUGUGUAUAUUAAUGGCAUGAAAGCCUGUAGUAAUGAUUGUGGUCCAUUCAUGUCAUUUUACAUAAAGGCCGCUCCUGACAGUUAAUUUCCUGCACACAGGAUGUUUGGAGCCUGCCAUCAAGAAUAUGGACGUGAAGAUGGAGGAAUGGAGGCCAAACGGAGAGGAGUUACAGCCGUCUGCAGGUGAUAAACAUUUGUUGAGUAAUAUUUGUAACAUCCAUACGUAGAUAGAACAGCGGCUCUGUCACUUUGCAGGGUCUUUACAUAAUUUGCAAUGACCCCGUUGGUGACAUUGCAGCUUGAGGUGUGGUGUGCUGAGGGUGCAGCAGAGGUAAAAGUCAGUUAAACUUGCUGAUCCUUUCCCCUCACAGCGCUGCCACUGUAAUAUACUUCCCCUUGUGCUCAGGAGGAUAACACUGAUGUCUAUGUAGGAUCAAGCGAGACUGCGGGAGCUUCCGUAGAUGUUGGAUCUCAUUGAAAGAGUCAAUGCCUUGUUUCUAAACUCAUUGCUAGUGAUAACAGUGGGAAGCAACUAAUCUUAAUGGCGUUAGUUCUGCCUUUUGUCAGUCUAGUCGUUUGCCAGAAGACCAGUAUUUUGUACAAAAGGGACGCAGGGUUUAACUCACAAUCUCUUGUUGGCAGGACUUCCAGCGGCCGGACCGGCACUUUUACAAGUCCAACUCCAGAAUGAAAACCUGAACCUUGCACAAGGUCCAAUACUAAUCAAUAACAGCAUACAAACCGUUCCAGUGGGCCGUGAGUAUCCUCUAACUUGUGUUUCAUUGUCCCAUGCAUUCCAGCUGGGCACACCUACCAGUCCAGGAUUUAGGGAUUACCCAGUUGUGCCUAAAGUGUGGUGUUUGUUUUUUUUUUUAAAACUAAAACCAGCUUAGACACAACAAUUUAUUUCAUAUAGCUCUUUUAUUAAAAAUGAUUUGACAAACUGACACAAAAAAGAAUUUGGGCAGUCCGGUUUAGAAUUAUUUUAACAGUGUUUUAAAAUAUUUGCCAUCAGUCCCCUAGUGAGAGACACAUGAUUGCUUUGUAUUUGGAAGCAGACAGUUUGUGUGAGGAUUCUGGGUAAUGCACUUGUCUCUUUCUCUUUUAUUAGAAUACAUUUUGAUUGAGAAUCAAAUUCCAACAUCCAAUCUUUUAAAUUAUCCCGUGGUACUUCAUCAAGUAGCGGCUGGACCCACAGACCUUGGCCACAUUGCCAGUCCAGUAAAUAAUAACCCGGGUACAGACGUUGUACGUACCACCAAAAAGAUUGCCCCACAUCCAGGGCCAAACCAGCCAGAGGAGUCACAUACCUGUUCCGAUUGUGGGAACAAAUUCAAGAGUAACAGCGAACUGAGCAAACACAGACUUACUCACAGCAACAAUAACUCUACCCAGAGCGUUAGUGACCAGCCCGGUGCGUCCAGCCACCAGAAAAGCCCUGCUACAGAGAAGGCAUUUACUUGUACUACUUGUGACAAAACAUUCACCAAGGAGGGCAGCUUCCGUUUGCAUAUGGACAACCACAAGGAGCAGAGCAAUCAUAUGGGAACUCCAAGGCAUUCAAAGGGUAAUGUAUUCAUUCUGAGCCUCACUACUGAUGAAUAACAUGCAGGCUUACCCCAAAAUAAAGAAGACCUAUUGUAAAUUUUUUUGGCAUAUCAUGUAUAAACAGAUGCAACUUUACAGAGUUCUCAUGUCCAUAUCCCACUAGUGUAAAAGAUAUAUUUGAGUUUUUGGUUAAUUGGCUCCCUCCAAUGUGAGCGGCCGCACUCCCAUUGUAAACUGCUGUGUUCCCUCCAGUGUGAGCAGCUGCUGCUGUGCUCCCCUCCCCGUGUGAGCUGCGUGCUCCCCUCCCUGUGUGAGCUGCGGCACUCCCCUCCCUGUGUGAGCUGCGGCGCUCCCCUCCCAGUGUGAGCUGCGGAGCUCCCCUCCCAGUGUGAGCUGCGGCGCUCCCCUCCCCGUGUGAUCUACGACGCUCCCCUCCCCGUGUGAUCUGCGGCGCUCCCCUCCAGUGUGAGCUUUUUCCCAAAAUAUAGCCCCAUGUACAAAGCUUUAAAGCUCCCUACCAUCAUAAAUUAUUUUUGCACCAUCUCAUAGCAAUAAAAAUAAAGCCAAUAUUUAUUUUCUUUUUCAUCUGUUCGAGAGGGUUUUUUUUUCAUUUACAAAUUGAACAAAUAUGUCAACAUCUCCCAGAUGAAGACUCUACUGAGUAGAAAUUAUUCUGUGGCGAGUGCAGUGGACCCUUCAGGCUUUCCGUGGCUAAUAACUUUUAGACCUAGAAAUGAAAAUAUCAAGUUCUCUAUUAGACCGAAUUUAGGACAUCUAGUAAAAUAUAGUAUGUUUUUGUUAGAAUUCCUUAUUAUUUUCAGAGUAUUGGACUCCUUUUUAUAUUUUAAUCAGGAAAACAAAAAUCCGUUCUUGCCUUUAAAGUGACUGUUACGUCGAACUUGCCUUUUCCCAGUCUCUCUCAGAAUCUGUUCUUCUUUUCUUCAUUUCUGAUCUAGUUUUCUUUAAAACAUAAGACAGGGACUAUUUUGCCCUCUGUAUUUUUCCUACGCCUGACUUUCUUUGACCAAAGGAGGAGCUCAAGCUCGCUCUAUUUCCUGUGUCAGGGAGGAGGGUGAGUACUUUCUCUAACACAGAAAAUGGAGCGGAUUUAGGCUCCUCCUUUGGUCAAAGCUGGUCAAGCGUACGAAAAAUAUAGAACACAAAGUAGUCCCUACUGUGUCUUAUAUUUUAAAGAAAACUAGAUCCGACAGGAAGAAACGAACAGAUUCUGAGCGAGGAAGAGACGGGGCUUAGACCUUUCAUUUCAUUAUUCUUAACUGGCAUCAGAAUGUGUUCACCCGUGAGAGGUCCCACCUUGGGAUAGGUCACUGACCUCAUGUGUAAGUGUCUCUGCAGGAUCUAGCACUGUUACGGCCUCCUUCACGCUGAAUGGUAACUGGGAGAGUGACUAGUAGUUACCGAUGGAUUUACUUCUCUUUGGUUAGAUAAAAAAACAACUGAAUAUGAAUUUUGUAAAGUCCUUCCUGUAAAGAUUUAAAGUGACAGUGCUGCUUUAAUUCCAGUCCUUAAAAUAUAGUUCAUGCCAGAUCUCCAUUACUGCAAGGACUAAAACAGCCCCAGCCAUGACCAUCACGUAGUUGGAGAAAUGUUCCCAAAGCGGCUGUUUUUGCAUAACCUUUUCACUAGAAUUUGCUUUUUAGUGAAUAACGUGCGUCGUGAUCUGCUAAAAUGAACGCAGCCCUUAAACUCUUUAAUUGGGGAAUGGCCAACUUUCAUCUUAUUUGUGUAUUGUUAAAGUAUUUUAUUAAGGCACAGACAUUAAAUUAUUCUACUUUUUAUUUAUUAAAUAACUGUUUAGUCCCCCACGGCCCCCUCUUACACUCCACACACUGUCAUUUCGCUAACAAAUUGCUGACCAACAGAUAUUGAAUCACUUGUGUUUAAUUGUCCCAAGAUGAAACUCAUUCUAAAUCCGUAUGAUCUGAUUUGCAAUGGAUGUUGAGAGCCUUACAUUGUGACUGGUUAAUGGUCUGUCUGGAAGAUAAUAACCAGAUGCCAUAAACCAGUUCCAGGCGUUUUCUACUCUUUCAUUGGAACAUAUUAACUGUAGAUCAGUUUGUGCACAGAUAGACGUUUAUUAUAAUCUGAAUACAAUCUAAAAUCCCGGUAUAAACAGCAGGGUCUACCUAGCAUGAAGUAAUGGAACCGCAGAGGAUUGUGAGACAUUAGAUGACAUGUCAGCAAGGGCACUAAUAUCCACCAUGUCUGUUAAACCGUGCGCCGUAUGGCCUUGCUCACGUACUUGGUAUGUGAAUAAAAUCUCACUGUUUAUCUUUUUAUUUUGACAAUUUGUGUUGGUUCAGCACCAUCAUAUCUCCAACAAUUCUUCUUCUUAUUUUAUUAUUUAUAUAGCGCCAUCAGAUUCCGUAGUGCUGUACAAUGAGAGUUCUUCAUGGUUAUUAGUGUUUCACACAUAGCAAUAUGGAAUACAUUUGGCAACAGUGUAACAACAUUAGUGCGCGAUGACAUUCGUGUUUAUACAGCGUGUCUAAUUACAUUUCUGAGCCAUCUGUUUGUCAUAAAACAACACCUUAACAUUCAGACAUAAACCAAUUGUGAAAGUAAAAAAUUAGGGGGAUGGUAGUGAGUGUUGGAAAGGGGAGGUGAAUGCUGCUGACUGUUUAUCAUUUUUAUUGCAGCGCCAGAGAGGAAUAAAGUGGAUGAGCUGCUGCAGAAGCCCUCUCAUUCCCUGACCAUGCAAGAGAAGCUAGACCUGAAAAGGUUAGGUCCUCCACAACCCAACAUUGCUAUAUUGCAGACAGCAAAAGACAGAGGAAAACAAUAUAACCGCAACUUUAACCCCCAAUGGUAUAAGAAAAAGAGCUGGCUUUGUGGUAGUGUCACUAAAUCGGCUUUAUUUUGUUUCCCUUGCUUGUUAUUUGGUGGUGAUGAGACUUGGACCAAAACCGGAGUCACCGACAUCAAGCAUUUGCCAGUGAAGGCUCAGAAGCAUGAAAUCAGCUCAUCACAUGUGGAAAACUGUCUGAACUUUAGUAUGCUGGGAACAGUGGGUACUGGGACACAACUGAAUCCUUACCCUCUUAGGAGCGUCAGAAAACACAAUGAAGAGGUCGAUAAAAACCGGCACAUUCUUUCAAAACUUAUAGAUUGUAUUCGUUUCUGUGGUGCUUUCGAAUUGGCAUUACGUAGCCACGACGAAUCCGAAUAUUCUUCACAUCAUGGGGUGUUUCUGGGCUUGGUAGACCUUGUUGCCAGUCUAGAUAGUGCGAUGGAGCAACAUUUGAAAACGGCAACUGUUUUUAAAGACGUCUCAAAAUCUAUCCAGAAUGAGCUUCUGGAUAUCAUGCUGGAUGUUACCCGGCAAGUCAUCCUACAAGAAAUGAAAGAAGCAGAUUUUGUGGCAAUACAGAUAGAUGAGACCACGGAUGUGACACCAAAGCCUCAGGCUGUUCUAGUGUACAGGUACAUACACAAAGGCAGAGCUGUAGAAAGAUAUUUUGGCUUCAUAUCUUUGGAUGGGUCUAAUGCAGAAACCAUUGUUGCGUCCUUUUUGGAAAAAUUAAACGUGGCUUUCCCACGGCACGAUGACAAAGCAAAAUUAAUAGCUCAAAGUUAUGAUGGAGCUGGUGUGCUGCAUGGUGAAGAUGGAGGGAUGGCAAGAAAAAUAAAAGAUGUUUACCCAAACGCUCAUUAUGUUCACUGUUAUGCCCAUCAACUGGAUUUACUUAUACAGCAAGCAGCAUCCAGUGUCCCGGGAGUCCGAGUCUUCUUCUGUAACUUAGCUUCUAUCGCAGCUUAUUUUUCCCGAUCCCCUAAGAGGAUAGCUGUGCUUGAUGAAGUAGUGAGUAGAAGGCUUCCUGGUGCUACACGUCCACCGUGGAACUUUAGUAUCAGAACCGCGAAUGUCGUCUUAGAACACAGACAAGAUCUUAUCGAAUGUUUCAAAACCGUUCUGUCUCGUGCAGAUAAUUUUGAUGUUAUGUCUGUUAGUGAGGCCAAAUCAUAUGCAAUAUUACUCGAAGAAAGGGAAUUCCUGUACUUCCUAUGUCUGUUUAAAGAGAUUAUGCCGCACGUUGAUACCCUGUACAGCCAGCUACAGAAGACGGACACCAGUGCUGUGUUUAUUCGAAAUUCGAUCAAAGAAUUCACGCGCAACUUAAAAAAGAUCCGUGAUUCUAUUGAGGAUAUAGAGGGAAAAUUGCCAGAGCUGCCAGCAAACGCUAAAUAUUCGGGAAAACUGAUUGUAACAUUAAAUCAGAUCGGAAGGGAUGUGUGCAGCACUGUCAUAGAUUAUGCAAAAGAACACUUUUCAUUUUAUGACCAUCUUCUGGGUGCCAGUCUGUUGGCUACGGAGUUGUUUGACAAGUAUCUGCUUCGUUUUCCUUACAAAGUGCUGGACGAUACGGUUUACGCGUACCCUAUGCUGAACAAGGAAAGACUGCGCACUGAGCUAGAAAUAAUUUAUAAAAACAAGGAAUUUCGAUCCUGCGGUGGAGAAGUUGCAAUUUAUUCAUUUUUGAUUAGAAAUGACCUGAAUGAAGCUUUUAACGAGACGUUCACAUUGUUAAAAAUUUUAAUUACCACGCCAAUGCCAACCUCGGAAUCUGAUCGGUGCUUCUCAACAGUAAAGAAGAUAAAAACGUUUCUUCAAAGCUCAAUGGUCGAGCAUCGACUGGAGGCUCUGUCCAUGCUCUCAGUGGAAAGGGAGCUGGUAAACAACAUCCCUGACUUUAAUAACCGCAUCAUAGAGAAAUUUGCUGCUUUGAAAAAUCGCAGAGAACAUUUCAUGUACAAAUCCUAAAUUACUGAUUAAGACUACACUGGAUUCAGCUUUUAUUUAUUUUUUAUAUAAAAUACAGAUUAAGAAACAAAAAUACAGCUAAAAUUUUACAAAGCUACAUUAAAUCAACUAUUUCAGCAAACCAAUAUGGGGAUCCAGUUACACUAUAUUACAUAUUGUGUUAAGCCCACCACUACAUCACUGUACCCCAAUCGGUACUACACUAAUUACUUCACCGUACCCCAAUAUCGGGCCGGUCCUACACUAAUUACAUCACAGUACCCUAAUAUAUGUUGGUCCUACACUAAUUCUAACGUAGGACACAGAUCAAAUAGUGUCGUUUAUUAAUCUGUAAGGGCUAUGUGACUAUAUCAUGUAAACGGCUGAAAACACACGUUCCGGGUGUGCCCCAAAUCCCCCCUUUCUUCUAUUUUUUUUUUUUUUUUUUUAAUAAAACUUUUUGGGUUAAUAGUUUUUUGUAAUUGUUGCACUUUCUUCUACUUUUACUUAUGUUCCUGAUUCUUGUAUUAUACUGAGAGCUCAAACAAGGAAGUCUGACAUAUAUCUUGCCCAGGACACUUACGGGUAUGGUGAAACUGGGAUUCGAG